CAUGAAGUAGACACUGAGACAAUGGAAAGACUCGAGGCCAUCAGGAUGGAAAACACCACAUCUUCCUGUUUUCUCUUGGAAAGAAAGACUCGUGUCAAGAUUAGUAGGAAAGAAGUCCUGCUAGCUAAGAUGAGGAAGAGCUGCACUUUCACCCCAAAGAAGCUUAAGAACUUUGUCAUGGACUUCUUCCCUGUUUUACAAUGGCUUCCCAAGUACCGGUGCCAACAGUACAUUUGGGGGGAUGUUAUGUCUGGUUUAGUGAUUGGGAUCAUUUUGGUGCCCCAAGCAAUUGCAUACUCACUCCUAGCAGGUCUAAAGCCUAUUUAUAGUCUUUACACAUCAUUCUUUGCCAACAUCAUCUAUUUCUUAAUGGGCACAUCCAGACAUGUCUCAGUUGGCAUUUUCAGCUUGAUAAGCUUAAUGGUAGGACAAGUUGUGGACCGAGAACUUCUCUUGGCUGGGUUUGACUUGAAUGAUGAUGUAUCCCCAGCCUCAGCUGAUGGCUCUCUGCAGAAUGACAGUCAGUUCAACACAACUGCCUUCAACUUUACAACCACAGGGAUGAAUACUGAGUGUGGGAAAGAAUGCUACGCCAUUGGCAUUGCUACAGCCUUGACAUUUAUGGCUGGAGUGUACCAGGUUCUAAUGGGAAUCUUUCGUCUGGGUUUUGUAUCUAUGUACCUCUCUGAGUCUGUACUAGAUGGCUUUGCAACUGGUGCUUCCUUAACCAUUUUAACAGCUCAAGUGAAGUAUCUGAUUGGAAUUAAAAUCCCACGUAGCCAAGGUCAUGGAAUGCUUGUUAUUACCUGGAUUAAUAUUUUCCGGAAUAUUUCUCAGGCUAACCUUUGUGAUGUCAUCACAAGUACCAUUUGUAUUGUUGUGUUGGUUACUGCUAAGGAACUGGGAGAUCGGUAUAAGCAUAAGCUGAAAUUUCCUCUUCCCACAGAGCUGGUAGUUAUUGUUGUGGCAACACUGGUGUCACACUAUGGGAAGUUAAAUGAAGUCUAUGCAUCCAGUGUUUCUGGAGCUAUUCCAACAGGAUUUAUUCCCCCCAAGGUACCACAUUUCAACUUGAUGCUUCGAGUUGCUGUAGAUGCUUUGCCUCUUGCCAUAGUCAGCUUUGUCUUCACUGUAUCCCUUUCUGAAAUGUGUGCAAAGAAAUAUGCUUACACAAUCCGAGCCAAUCAAGAAAUGUUUGCUGUGGGGUUCUGCAACAUCAUUCCUUCUUUCUUCCACUCUUUUGCUACCAGUGCAGCUCUGGCAAAAACACUUGUCAAAACAUCUACUGGCUGCCAGACCCAAGUCUCUGGAGUAAUUAGUGCAAUGGUGGUUUUGCUGGUGCUGCUCUUCUUGGCACCUCUUUUCUACUCCUUGCAGAAGUGUGUCCUGGCUUGUAUCAUCAUUGUCAGUCUCCGAGGAGCCCUGAGGAAGUUCCGAGAUGUACCAGCACGGUACCAGGUGAAUAAGGUGGACACGCUUGUUUGGGUUGUUACUAUGUCUGCCUCUGCCUUGAUCAGCACAGAAAUAGGGCUGUUGGUUGGCAUUGUUUUCUCCAUGUUAUGCAUCGUUGUUCGGACACAGCGGCCACGGACAGCCCUGCUUGGUCAGAUCCAAGACACCAGCUUUUAUGAGGAUGACUUUGAAUACGAAAAUCUCUCUUCUGUUCCAAAGGUCAAAAUAUUCCGUUUUGAGGCCCCACUUUACUAUGCAAAUAGAAACUACUUCCUCAAGUCUCUGCACAGAUUGACUAACUUAGAUCCUAACCUAGAAGCUGCUAGAAGGAAGAAAUAUAACAAGGAAAAGCAGCAUCUGAAAAAGGGAGAUCACACAACUGCUAAUGGACUUGGCAUCAGAGAAACCACUCUGCAACUAGUUCCUAAGCAAAUUGAUUUCCAAGCCCUUGUUUUAGAUUGCUCUUCCAUCUCAUUUUUGGACACCACUGGAGUUCAUACUCUAAAGGAAAUCCUGAAAGACUACAAGGAUUUAAACAUUUCUGUUCUCCUGGCUUGCUGCAAUCCCUCAGUGAUAGACUCUCUGAAAAGAGGAGGUUACUUUGGGCAAGAUUUUGGAAGUAUGAAAGAAAUGCUCUUCUACAGUAUACAUAAUGCUGUGCAGUUUGCAAAAGACCAAAAGCUUUCAGAAGAUUGCUCAGUUUAA